GAAUUUCGUCAGAUGAAGCCAAAUUCUGGGGUUCACUAUCUUACUGGCCAUUUGCGACAGUUGGGCUUGUGGAUACAGCAACAACGAGUUAUUUCCUCUAUCCACCAUGUCGAUCCCUUGGGAACUGCCCUCUACCAAUGCACUAUGAUCCAAUGGCGGCAGUACAAGGUUUCACGGCCAAAUGCUCUGUGGCACAUGGAUGGGUACCAUAAGCUAAUUCGUUGGGGCAUCAUAAUUCAUGGUAUCAUUGAUGGAUAUUGCUGCACAGUAGGCUAUUAUUCUCCACUAGCUGCCUACAUCUGA